GAUGAAAGAGGCGACUCUGCAGAAAGAGGCAACUUGACAUAUCAGGACUUUAACCGCUGUAGAAAUAGCUCAGGCAUACCAAGCCCAUGCAAACACAGAAUUGCAGAAGUUCAGGAGAGGCUUAUCACUUCCCUGAGAAGAAAAACACAUUUUCAGUUUUGCCUACAUCAUAAGAGUGAGCACUCAGUUGCUUUCUUUCCUGGCCACACUGCUAGAAUCCAGUAUUAACUAUCCAUAUCCAGGUUAAGGAUCGAGAGCGAGAAGCCCACUCUGCCAGUGAAAAAGCUACGUCUUUACGGCAUAAAUUAGAGGAAGCAAUUUGGGAACAACGGAACCUUCAAACUAUAAAUACUGAGUUAUCGAACACUUGCCAGACACUUCAGCAGAAGACAAGGAAACUGAAAAAGCUUUUUAGAUGAGGAAUUUCCUCACUAUGAUUCCCUCUCCUGCAAAAAUGCAAUUCAACAGCCUCUUCAAGAAAAACUGAAGCGGUGUUGCCACAAACUGUAUGGUGGUCAAGAAGCAAGAAUACAUCAGACACCCCUGACCUUGAAACAUACAUGCUGGUAUACGCCUCUGCUGGAUGCCUUAUCUCUGGAUAGUUUUACAGCAUUUCCAACUCUGGAAUCAACACCCUUCUCAGGUGUAGCCAACCGAAUCCAUGCUUUGUGUGAAAGGCCCACAUACGGAGAAGUAAAGGACUGUGCUUUGGAUGUAACAAGACAACACAAGUGCCCAGGCCCCACAAGUGGCCCCAACCAAGGAACAAAUCUCUCAGGCUGCAUCAGGAUGAAUGAUGAGCCGAGUAUGGAAGAGAAUGGUGUUGAACGCGUGUGUUCUGAGAGCCUGCUGCAGUCCAGGGAACAUUCAUCACUACCGUUACCCAGACCCACUUCAUCGACAGACAGUACUAUAACUUCAAGUGAUCCUGGAUUAGAAAUUCUGAAUAUGGCUACUUGUGACCUUGACAGUAAGAAAGAGGAGGAUACAAGAUCAGCUUCUCCGAUGAUAAAGGCCCAAGGCACAAGUCCAGCUCAUGAUAUUACUGCAUUCCAAGACUCUACGAGUAAGGAUAAAACCGUAUUAAAUCUGGAAGCCAAAGAGAAACCAGAAACAAUAGAAGAACAUAAAAAAGAACGUGCUUCAGGAGACUCUGCGGUUUCCCCUCUUCCUGUAACCACUGUGAAAUCAGUUAACUUUAGACAAAGUGACAACACUUCUGCUAAUGAGAAGGAGGUUGAGGCAGAAUUUCUCAGAUUAUCUUUGGGAUUUAAGUGUGACUGGUUUACCUUGGAGAAGAGAGUGAAGCUUGAAGAGAGGUCCCGUGACUUGGCAGAAGAAAAUUUGAAGAAAGAAAUAACUAACUGUUUAAAACUAUUAGAGUCUUUAACACCUCUGUGUGAAGAUGACAACCAGGCACAGGAAAUCAUUAAGAAGCUGGAGAAGAGUAUAAAGUUUCUUAGCCAGUGCACAGCUCGAGUGGCCAGUAGGGCUGAGAUGUUGGGAGCCAUCAACCAGGAAAGCCGGGUUAGUAAAGCAGUUGAAGUGAUGAUUCAGCAUGUAGAAAACUUGAAGAGGAUGUAUGCCAAAGAGCAUGCUGAAUUAGAAGAACUCAAACAGGUCCUUCUGCAGAAUGAACGGUCUUUCAAUCCUCUUGAAGAUGACGAUGACUGCCAAAUUAAAAAACGUUCAGCUUCUCUAAACUCCAAGCCAUCUUCUCUUCGAAGAGUGACUAUUGCCUCUUUACCCAGAAAUAUUGGAACUGCAGGAAUGGUGGCUGGGAUGGAAAAUAAUGACCGAUUCAGUAGGAGGUCAAGCAGUUGGCGUAUUUUGGGGUCAAAGCAGAGUGAACACCGUCCCUCAUUACCUCGAUUUAUUAGCACCUAUUCCUGGGCAGAUGCUGAAGAAGAAAAAUGUGAACUAAAAACUAAAGAUGACUCAGAGCCACAUGGAGAAGAAAUAGUAGAAAGGACAAGGAAGCCAAGUCUUUCUGAAAAGAAAAAUCAUCCAUCAAGGCAGGAUGUCUCUUCAGUUUAUGACACGAUAGCUUCCUGGGCAACACAUCUCAAGUCUUCCAUCAGAAAGGCUAAUAAGGCUGUCUGGCUUUCUCUUGCAUUCAUUGUACUGUUUGCAGCUUUGAUGAGCUUCCUCACAGGCCGAUUCUUCCAGAAGUCUGUGGAUGCCGCUCCCACACAGGAAGAGGACUCGUGGACGUCCCUAGAACAUAUCUUGUGGCCAUUUACCAGACUCCGACACAAUGGGCCACCACCAGUGUGACAGCAGAACAUCCUAAUAAAUGGAUCUUGAUUUUGAAGUUUGAGUAUCUGAACUUUGUAAAAUUAGUAGCUUUUAGCUGGGAAAGUAAAGCCUGAAACCAGAGGUUCUCAGAAUGACUGUAAGAAAGCUUACAUUUCCUCUUUUUGCCUUUAUCUCCCCAACUAAAAUACAACAGGGAAGAAGUCUAUGAUCUUUGAAUGAGAUUUUUAAGGAAGAAAUAUUAUAUAUUGUUUGUUAAAUUUUACUGAAAUAAAGAAUCAUUUAAAUCUUCA